CCUCGGCUUUCUUCCGCUGCUUCCGGUCGUCCAAGGAGGGUAAUUUGCCUGAUCUCCGUAUUCCGGCGUAUUCUAUCUCCUGACACUGUAUGACAUGUGGUUCCUUACUAGCCACGUAUUGUAUUGUCUUCUCUAUCCGGUAAGCUCCACGUGUUGUGUGGCGCAGCUUGACUUGUUUCAAUCUUCAUAUUAUGUGAUAUAUGAUAUUAUUAUUAUUUUAUUACUAUCAGUAUUAUUAUUUAAGAUUUAUAAGACUCGUGGAACAGAAAGGAAUGGGAAGGAAUAACAAGAUCGUUAUACAUGCCAAGUAAGAUACUCGAUAGAUACAGUUGAUGACAGCAUCACCUGAUGAUCGGAAGAAUGCAA